CUCUGUCUGCGCUUGUGCUUCAGGAACCGGAAGUAGGUGUCUCUGACCCAGCGGAAGUGGCUUCGACGAGGGAAGGGGAGUAUUUUUCCCGGUUGGGGAACCGCCAGGGGUUCCUGAGACGCGAGCGGGCGAGGAAGAGAUCCUGUUUGUAAAUCGGUAAAAGCUAAGAGCCAAGCAUUUGAUAAGGAGAGAUGGAUGGAGAAGAGAAAACAUAUGGCGGGUGUGAAGGCCCUGAUGCUAUGUAUGUGAAACUGAUAUCCUCUGAUGGUCAUGAAUUCAUUGUUAAACGAGAACAUGCACUCACAUCAGGAACAAUAAAAGCUAUGUUAAGUGGCCCAGGACAAUUUGCUGAAAAUGAAACAAAUGAAGUAAAUUUUAGAGAGAUUCCUUCCCAUGUCCUAUCAAAAGUAUGCAUGUAUUUCACCUACAAGGUUCGCUACACUAACAGCUCCACAGAGAUCCCAGAAUUUCCUAUUGCACCUGAAAUUGCGCUGGAAUUGCUGAUGGCUGCAAACUUCCUAGAUUGUUAAAUAAAAUAAGUUAUAAUAAAAAUGUAAACUUCCCCCAGUAUUUAAUACAUGUAGUUCGGUUAGUAUCUUUUUUUCAUCUAGCAUGUUCUGUAUUUUUGGUUAAGAAGUGUAAUGGUCACAGUUGCUGACAGUGAUUUUGCAUAUGGCCCAUUCAUGCUCAGGUUUUGUUUUGGUGCUUACACAAGUCACAGACUUCUUACCAACUGACAAAUAAACAAACAUGCCAAUUAGUGGAUGACUUUGCUUUAUCCUUUAGUGAUGACAAAGAGCUAUUUGUAACACAAAAUCACUGAAAAUUUGAUAAAUUGUUGAUAAACAGCAGACUGUUAUGGCUGUAAUCCUGUAUCUACUUACCUACAAGACUUGCAGAUCUAUGUAGAUGCAUAGGAUUGUUCUGUUAAAAUGUUUGUGGCAUGGUUCCCCUCCCCCUUUUUUUUGGCUUGGCCUUUUAUAUUGUCGAAAUAUUCAAACUGUCUGAGCAUAUUAAACUGAUUCCCACUAGCAUGUUAAAUAUUUUUCUUUUAGCAAAUAUUAAAUACGGUGUUCUUGUAA